CGCAGGUUCGAAUCCUGCCGACCACGCCUUUUUUUUUUGUUUUGCUAUUUUUCUUCAGAAUUUUGAAUACUAUCCCAAUUCCCAAGUGUUCAGAAUUUCAUAUUCUUCCGCUGAAGUUGAACUCGUCACAGAGGCUCGUGGGCGCAGCUCCUCGCCGGCGGCGAAACCCCGGCACUCCCGCUGGCUGCUUUCUAGACUGCGAUCGGUCGUACGUCUACCGUGCGCGCCUGCGUGCGCCUAGGCGCCACUGAUCAAAGUUGCAAGCCCUCGCGAGCCCCUUCUUCUAUCACCACCGGUGUCGCGCCCGAAAGAUGCUCGACGGAAUGCUGCUGCGGUUCUAGCGCCGCCGUGCACGUCUUCCAGUUCCAGAUGCAGGGGAUCUUCGGCGUCCGCUCAAGAGCGUCACUCGCGCCGCUGCGUGCGAUCUUCGCGCGCCAACGCGUCGUAUGGGCCGAGCCGCUGCCCCCUCCGGUCAGUGCGGGGUUGAGAUGUCUCCAUGUCGGCCGUGGCGGCGGGGAGCCGGAGGAGGACGAGGCGGUCCCGUACGCCGACGUGCCUCGCCCCGGGAGGAGGUGGGAGCGGAAGCCGUACGUGACGCCGAUGAAGGUGCUCAUCCGGCGGGCCAAGGAGGAGAGGCAGGCCCGGCGGGAGAACCCGUGCCGCGUGCUGGAGCACCCGCCCGACAACGGCCUCCUCGUGCCGCACCUCGUCGACGUCGCCCACCGCGUGCACGCCGCCAGGGAGAGGGUCCUCCAUGGCCUGACCAGGCUCGUCGAGGGGGAGAACGCCAUACCAGUGAAGCGAUGCAGGUUUUGUCCCGAGGUGCACGUCGGCCGCGUGGGGCACGAGAUCAGGACGUGCGAGGGCCGUGACAGCGGCGCGAGGAACUCCCUGCACGUGUGGCGACCGGGGACCGUGCGCGACGUCGUCGGCUUCCCCUACUGCUACCACCUGUUCGACCGCGUCGGCAAGCCCAGGGUGGUGCACAAGGAGAAGUACGACGUGCCGAGGCUCCCCGCUAUCCUGGAGCUCUGCAUCCAGGCGGGUGUCGACGUUGAGCGCUACCCGACCAAGCGGCGGGCCAGGCCGGUCUACUCCAUCGAAGGCAGGAUCGCAGACUUCGAGCCAGACGAAUCAGGCAGCUCGGAAGCAACAGCUUGCCCACCAUUGCCGUCUCCAGCUGCGCCAGCCGCGAUCUGUUCUGCUUCUACCAGCGCCAGUACUGAACAAGAGGAGGAGGAGGAGGAGAUCGCGGUGCCCGAGCUGGCCUCCAGGACGCUGCAGUCCUGGCUCGACAUGCGGUUGGGCGCGGCGAGGCUGAUGAAGAAGUACAGCGUGCACACGUGCGGGUACUGCCCGGAGGUGCAGGUCGGCCCCAAGGGGCACAAGGUGCGGAUGUGCAAGGCCACCAAGCACCAGCAGCGGGACGGGCAGCACGCGUGGCAGGAGGCCACGGUGGACGACCUGGUCCGGCCCAGCUACGUGUGGCAUGUCGCCGAUCCCGGAGACGGGUCGCCGCUGGCGAACGAGCUGAAACGGUACUACGGCAAGGCGCCCGCGGUGGUGGAGCUGUGCGUGCAGGCCGGCGCGCCCGUGCCACCGGCUUACCGGAGCAUGAUGCGGCUCGACGUCGUGCCACCUGCACGGGACGAGCACGAUCUCGUCGCCUGAUCGAGGUUGUGGGUCUGGUGGGUGGUGGCACGCGCCUAGAUGGAUGGACAUUAUCAUCGGCAGCAAUAUCCAUGGAUGUACUUGUGGUGAAGAUGUUAGAUGUCACUUGCUGUUGACGAGGCUGUUUAACCUUCCUGCUGACCAAGGUUUAAUUCGGA